GAUGAAAAGCACCGCCUAAAAAUUCAAAAACUGAAAUGACCAAUCUGCUAACACAACUGGGUCAGCAACAGCGCAUUUGAUGAAGGAUGGUUAAUACUUUUCGUCAUUAAUCCAAAUUAUUUCGAGAUUUCACUGAAACAGUAUAAAUUAGUAGUGGGAGUGGAUUUGUUCCCUGAGAAUUGAGCAGUAAAAAUGUCGAAGUUCGAUUACCCGAAGCUUUCAGUGGCAGAAAUCAUCUCGAUAUUGGCAGAUUCACAGAUAGCUAUCAUUACAGAUAGUGAUCUCAAGAACCCAAACCCGGACUUCAUUUCGGAUCUCUACACCCGACUCUUGAUCUACCUUGACAUUCUCCACGAGGAAGAUCAAGGGCAACUGGAUUUUGGUGCGUUGGAGCAGCUUGAGAAUCCGGACCUUCAUGUGGGUUCAGUUCAGAUGAUGAAUUUGUAUAGUAGGUUGAAACAGGUGGUGAGUUCUGUUGAUUGCCCGAUGAAAUUUACACUCAAAGAUCUUAUAAGACCCGAUGCAACUCGGACUGAGUAUUUUGUCAGUGCAAUUCUAAAUUUCUGUCUUCACAAGGACACAAAAAUGAAUCUUCUUAGACCGAUUGCAGAGGAUUUAACUCUUCUUGAUGAGCAGCGAAGAGAGUGGGAGGCUAAGCUUGCCCAGUUGAAUGCAGAGAUCACAGCCUAUAAUGAAGCGAGAGAAAGGGAGUUACCUGUUGUUCAGGAGGUAGAUGCUAGAGUUAAAGAAUUGCGUCAGACUAUUCAGGACCUCAACAAGCAUCAGAUGUCACUUAGAACUUCUUUAAAAAAAUUGAAGGAGAAGACAGGGGAACUUGAAGAGAAGAUCUCUCAGGCUGAGUUUGACCUAGUACAAAGUGUCCAACAAAAUGCAGAUUUGCGUUCAAAAAUUGUUCAAUCACCGGAUAAACUGCAGAGAGCUUUGGAAGAGAAAAAAUCAGUUCGGGAUGAGGCAAAGAAUGCGGAAAGAUUAGCGGUGCAAUCUUUUCAGGAUAAGACUGCAACCCUUGAGGUUUAUACAAAGGCCUUGAAGAAAAUGUCAAAGCAUUUUUCUCAGAUGCAAGCCAUACUAGAACAGGUAAACUCUGCUAAAUCGGUUGAAAGGGACUAUAAGGCAUUGAAAACAAAGUUCAGUGAUGAUGUAGUGUUGGAUAAAUCACUAGAAGCCAAACUGGUUGAACGGCAAGGAAAAGUGGAACAAUUGGAUGAACUAAAGAAGCAGUUAGAAAAAGAAAGGAGUCUUAAACUUGAAGAGGCUACUAAGGAAUUAGAAAAUGUGAAGGUGGAGGUGGAAUCCAAGAGGCAUGAUCUGGAAGCUAGGCAAAGGAAGGUUGAAGCUGUCGUGGCUGAGGUGGACGCCAUAGCAUCAAAAACCAUGUCUGUGAAAGAAUCUGGUGAAACCAAGCUACAAGAGUUAGCAAAUAAAGCUGAAGAAGUUGUAAAGCAGUUUCAGCAAUAUACAAACUCUCUUUGGGUGCUGUCGGUGACUCGGGCCUAGGCAGGAGCAGGUAAAUUGACUUUAGCUUGAUUGAGGUGCUUUACUCUGGAAAUUAAACAUCUUGGUUGGCAAGUUUUGAGUUGUUGUAAUAGUGUAAUGUAUGCUUUGUGUUGGUUUCUCCAAAAGCCAUUUUGUCUAAUUUGAUUGACAAAGGUACCUUCCAUAGUCAUAUUUAUUGAACUUGAAUCAAGUUUGUGCCA